AUCGAUCGUAUCGUUGCAGAAUAAUACCAUAUCAAUUUCGUUCAGUUGACUGCGCCGUCCACACUGCAUUAAGCUUUAGUCAUAAGUUUUAGAGUAUUUAUUGAGUUUAUGUUGCAGUAUUUGUGCAUAAUUCAUUGAUUUAUAAUGUGAAAUCAAUAAAAAAUAGCCGUGUUUUUGAAAAAAAUGAUCAGCAAUGAAAUAUGUUCCGGUGCUUGCAAAACGAACUAUGUUUACCUAUUUCAUAAUAAUGUUCCUAUUAUAUUUGUUUUAUACGAUAAAUUUUUGUAUAGUUGACAAACAGCCCACGCUGAAAACGAUUUUGAAAAGCCACAUAUCAAAGUACAAGAGCGGAGCGUUCCGUUUCGCUUCGUUUCUAGGGUUGGACGUUGCAGACUACAAGUAUACGAGAUUGAGCCGUAACGCUGGGCCCGUGAGGAGGCUCCCAGACGCUCUCAUUAUUGGAGUCAAGAAGUGUGGUACGCGAGCGCUCUUGGAAUUCUUAAGGUUGCAUCCGGACGUCCGAGCUGCGGUCUCCGAAAUCCAUUUCUUCGAUAAAUAUUAUCACAAAGGAUUCGAGUGGUACAGAGAACGGAUGCCCUUAACAUUGGAGGGUCAAAUUACAAUGGAGAAGACUCCGUCAUAUUGGGUGACGAAGUCGGCGCCAAAACGGGUCUAUGCUAUGAAUCCUUCAAUGAAACUCUUGGCUGUGGUCCGAGAUCCGGUCACUAGAGCUAUAAGCGAUUACACCCAGUCGGCAAGUAAGCGACCCUCGCUGGCGCCAUUCGAGCAACUAGCCCUGAGUAACAGGUCCGGUUGCAGCGCAGUGGACCCGACGUGGGCUCCAGUGCGGCUGGGAGUGUACGCCCGACCGCUGCGCCGCUGGUUGCGAAGGUUCCGAAGAGAUAGGCUCCUGCUUGUGAACGGGGAGAGGCUCGUUGCCGAUCCCGCUGCUGAAAUGGCGAAAGUACAGGACUUCCUCGGCCUCAAGCGCGUGAUAACAGAGAAACACUUCUAUUUUAAUUCAGCGAAAGGCUUCCCUUGCCUGCUGAAGUCUGAAAGCAGUUCGAGCCCACACUGCCUGGGCAAAACUAAAGGAAGGAAUCAUCCGCGAAUCGACCCGACCGCUUUGAAGAGACUCCGCGAGUUUUAUCGGCCAUUAAAUGAGAUUUUUUAUCGAUUAUCCGGAAUUAACUUUGGGUGGCCUUGAGUGGCAUGGCUUGUGAUUUCAGUAGCGUUAUCAGGGCUUCAUAGUGAUCUUAAUUAAAAUGGUAGCUGAUAAAUGUGAUUCCGUGUGCGCGUUACUGAUAGUGGUAAAUGUCAUUAACUUGAUGUGUAUGGUUAAGUUUUGGUUUUAUGUAAUGCGUAUUGUGACUUUGUUUCGGCUAUGAGGCAGUUUUGCGUUCCGGUCGGAAAGAUGGGACAGCUACAAUUUACUUCGAGGUCAUAAUUCGAAGUGGAUGGCGGCGGCAUUAACAAUGUGUUUGUCUAUGGGCUCUGAAACUCAACAGCUAAAGGACUAGUUUACUCAAAUACCUAGUGUAAGAAAAUAGAAACUGAAAAGCGCGGUCAGAGAUAUCAUUAUUUAAAACUCUGUUAGAUUGUAGCUUAUUCGAUUUCUAGUUCCUAUUUUUAUUAUUUCCAUUUUCACAAUUUUUACGAUUGUGAGGAAAUAAAUACCUACAUUAGGAUGAUUUUGUUACUAGAUCAUUUUUAGAAUGCUUUAUGGUAAGAAUUGUAAUAUAGAUAGAUAAUUUAAGUAUAGGUAUGUCCACAUUUACAAUGUACUAAAUAUCAUUAUGUAUAUCAGUAGUUAUUAAUAUCAAUAGAUUUAGAAUGUGUUGUUUUGUAACGACAAAGCAUUAGUUCUUUAAAUCCCUAAGAAAACUGAAAACUGAAAUAGAAUGAAAAGACUUUUAAGACGUAAUCUCUGAAGAUAGCGAUAGGAUCUGUUGCGUUUAGUAUUUGAUGUUAAUGAAAGUAUGCAAUUUAAUACGUGUGUAUGAUCCCAGGAUCUUCUCUGUGGGUCGCGAUUCCGAUCCGGUGGUAGAACUAAACUUGGGCUAGAAUGUCCUCCCAGGUUGAGCCCCGUAAGUUUGCCUACCAAAUCGGACAUAGUUAGAAUAACAUCUUUGGCUACCGACGAUUUGGUAGGAAAAAAGGGAGAAAAAGGCUUUGAACUGUUAAGCCUCCUCGGAUGCUCGAGUAGCUGUUAGCAAACCUGUCCCCUCCUGACCCUCAAAUUCGCCCAUUCGUUUUGACUAAGCUGCAAGAUCUUUCGACAGACAGCGGCACUCUCAUCGCAAAAAUAAACCUGAGUUCGGCGACUAAGGAACAAUAUAGCAGCGGCCAAAUAUAAAAUGGAUGGGAUCCAAGUUCAAUGUGUUCAAAACGACUCGCCUAAUGUAAUUAACGAAAUGAAAAAAAUUAAAUAAAAAACACUCAGACUAAAGUCUCAUCAAUCUAUAGGCUUAUGUAUACUUAUAAUAUAAUUGUCUUCACGUAAUGUACGGUUGUGUUUGUAAACGAUUGACUGAAAUUACAAAGUCCAAUAAAAUAUUUGGAGAAAACUGAAAGUAUUAUUAAAAGGACUGAAGAAGAAGUAUUGUGAAUGUGUUAUAAAUUAAGAAUAGACUUUUCUUCUAUAGCUGAUUAAGGUUGUAUUAUUAAAUAAUAUAUAGUUUU